AGUCCGCGCAAGCGCACAGCGCGGGGUCCCGGCAGCGAGGCAAGAUGGCGGCCGGCGGGCAGACGCCGGGUGGCGGUAACAUGGCGGUCGGCGGGGCAGGCCCCGAGCGCGGUGCAGAGCCGCCGGCCCCGGAGCGAGUCCUCUUCCCGCCGACGUUCAGCGUGUCCGAGAUCAAGAACAAGCAGCGCCGGCACUUCAUGUUCGUCCGCUGGAAGCAGCAGCAGAGGAAGGAGAAGCUGGCCCUCAGGAAGAAGCGGAGGAAGGAGCGAGAAGCCCUCGGAGACAAGGCACCUCCAAAAGCCGUUCCGAAGACUAUUGAAAAUCAGAGAGUUUAUGAUGAGACAACUGUAGAUCCCAAUGAUGAAGAGGUUGCAUUUGAUGAAGCGACUGAUGAAUUUGCACCAUACUUCAACAGACAGACAGUUCCUAAGAUUCUUAUUACAACGUCAGACAGACCUCGUGGGAGGACAGUGAGGUUCUGUGAACAGUUGUCUACGGUUAUACCUAAUUCGCAUGUCUACUAUCGAAGAGGAUUAGCUUUGAAAAGGAUUAUUCCACAAUGUAUCGCGAGGGACUUCACAGAUUUAAUCGUCAUUAAUGAAGAUCGUAAAAUACCAAACGGUCUUGUUUUAAGUCACUUGCCUGAUGGUCCUACUGCUCAUUUUAAAAUGAGUAGCGUCCGCUUGCGUAAAGAAAUAAAGCGAAAAGGGAAGCAGCCUACAGAACAUGUACCUGAAGUCAUCUUGAAUAAUUUUACAACACGACUUGGCCAUUCUGUUGGUCGCAUGUUUGCUUCUCUCUUCCCACAUGAUCCUCAGUUCAUCGGAAGACAAGUAGCGACAUUUCACAACCAGCGAGACUACAUCUUUUUCAGAUUCCACAGGUAUAUCUUCAAGAGUGAAAAGAAAGUGGGAAUUCAAGAACUUGGGCCACGUUUUACAUUAAAGUUGAGGUCCCUUCAAAAAGGAACCUUUGAUUCCAAAUUUGGAGAAUAUGAAUGGGUUCAUAAGCGUCGAGAAAUGGACACAAGUAGAAGAAAAUUUCACUUAUAACAGACAGCUACCUGCCAGUUGUUGAUGACCAGAAAUGUGUCUUUGAACUAUGGAUAAUCUCAAACUCAAAACUAGUAAUGAUAAUGAACAGUAUCUGGCUACAGAAAGACAAACUGUAAACAUUAAAACUUUCUACAGGACCAGUUCAAGUAGGACAGCAUAUUUUUUUCCUCCUAUGGUUGCAACUAAAUCAGACGUGACAAAAAGACUGCCUCUUUUUCCAAUUUAGCAGGAAGAUCUAUGGUAAUCAGUAGCCUGUAAUUUUGCUAUCACUGAAACUUUGUCAUGACUGCUGCUGUGCUGUGGAAUUAAAUUAUACUUUACUGUGCUGAAGACAUAGUAUUUUGUUAAAAAAAUAUUAUCAGAAUAAACUAUUUUUCACUUA